GGGGGAGGGGUGGGGCGAUAGGCCGAUGUCUCAUCGGUAGGUCGUCACUGGUCGUCAUCGUUGAUCUUGGGCGCCAGGAAGUACUUGAGCGACCCCAGGUUGGCCUUCUUCUCCUGAACGAAAGGAAGGAAGUCAACACACCGAACAACACAACACCACAUCCACACCUACUGAGAUAGAGACCACUGAGAUAGAUACUUCCAGCGUUGAUCCACCCCUCCCUCCCUCCCUCCCUCCCUGCGUGUGUGUGUGCAUGCCAGGUGGGGUGGGGUGGGGUGGGGUGGGUGAGUCAUACGCACUUACGUCGAGGUUGAAUUGCACGACGAGGGGCUGAUCCAGGUGCAGGCCGAGCUUGACCUCCUCGUUCAGGGGCGACGACUUGGCGAAGUACUGCCCGCACACAACACACACAGAGACACACAGAGAGAGACACACACAGAGGCAGCAGAAUCGACUUGCGUGGACUGAUGUGAUGUCUGUGAGUGGGAUUUGGCUGCCUGGAGGUAUUUGGCGGCGAACUCGAGACGGAGCUCAUCCUUGACAAUCACCUUAACAGGGUUUUUCUGCACACACACACGCAGGGAGAGACAGAUCAUCUCUCUGUAUCUGUGAGUCGUGUGGGUCUUGUCUGUCGAUCGACCUCAGCGUAUGGGUUAUGCUUGAAUAACAUGUUGCCAUGGCCCACAUUCCCCUCCACCGAGGUGACGCCAAAGGCCACCUUGCCCUUCUUGCAGUCAAUCGACACCACACACACACACACAUACAUAUACGCAGAGAGAGAGCGAGAGGUCCGCAUGGUCACCCAAGACGUGUGGCUCAGUGUGGGUGUGUAGGUGUGUAGGUGUGUGGUUGUGGGUGCGCGCAGGUACCGUUGUCGCCCAUGCCUCCGAGGUCCUUGACGGUUGACGCGAACUCCUUGCUGGCCAUGGUGAUCUGGUGGAGGAACACACACACGGCCACACACACACACACACACAUGUGCCCAUCCAUCCAUCCAUCCAUCCAUCCAUCCGUCCAUCGACUCACAUCAACCCAGCAGUGUGGGCUGACCUCAGCUUGGAAGUCGGUGUCGGGUAUGCCCAGGUGCUCGGCAUCGAUCUCCAUCAGGUUCAUCUCAAACUCACUCACACGGUCCUCACCUUGACAGACAUAAAACAGACAGAGAGACAGACAGACAGACAGAACGAACACCCAUGUGGGUGGCUGGGGGGAUGGAUGGGUGUGUGUGUGUGUGUGGAUGGGGCGGGGCGGGGCGGGGCGCACUCACUGACUCACCCGACUCGAACUUGAAGGUAAGUCUCUGGGGGUCGUCGUCGCAGCUGAGCGUCACGGUGUCGUCGUUGCCACACAGCUUGAGGAUCUGCGUGACGCUCUUCAUGUUGAGCCCCAGAGUCAUCUGCUGCUGGUCGCACCGGAACACCGUGAAGCAGUCCACCGUCAUGUCCAAACACACCAUGCUCUUCACACACAGCACAGCACAGCACAGGCACGCUAAGCCGACCGAUCAAUCAUUCUUUUGUCACCCACCCACCACGUGUGAGCUGUCCAUGGCCUGCAGCUUGAUGCCGUCAGUCGACACGUCGACGUUCACCUGCACACAGACAGACAGUCACUCCACUCGUGCAGCCCACCCCACAUCACAUGCAGCAUCUGGCGCGUGUGCAUGCAGCGCAUACGUGGUCAGUGAUGAGCUCCUGCAGCAUUGCACACCACAACAGCAGCACAUCCAUAUCACAUCACACAGACACCGACGUGCACAUGCCAUGGGCGAGGCGCAUGUGGUGCAUGUGUUGUGCGAAGCUGCGUCGUGUCGGCUCACCUUGAGUCCAUUGAAGAUGUCCUUGAGUGUCUUCCCUCGAGGUAACACCGCCUCAAACAUGAUACCUACCCGAUGCACACGCUGCGCUGCCAGUGGGUGGUGUGCUGCGAGCAAAGCGCAACGAAGAUCAACGCUCGAGAUGGCAGAUCCGAACACUCGCCCGUCUGACGUGACGCGAGAAAUGGGAAAACACCUAUCAGAC